UGGCGUCUGGCGAGAAGUGACGCAACAGGUAGGCGAGCGUAACUGCGCCGCCUGACAAACUGCGGAAACAUCAGCAGCUUCGGCAAUUUCAGGUACGAAACGGCCACAGUACGUCUCCAAACUUUGCGCCCUGACCCCUACUUGAGAUGUAUUAAGAAUUUGCAAAUGGUACAAUUGGACCACAUCAAAAUCUGACUGUCACUGUACUUACUAGGAUCUGGCUAUCUCUAAGCAGAAGAGGAGAAUAUUGAUCACUUCUACCAAUGGAAAACGUUUUGAAUGUAAGGAUGCCUAAGGUACACGAACUGUACCAGGAGAGACCCAGUUCACAGACUUUGGAAACAGAUUUAACCAGAUGAACAAAUGCUCCAUUCACAGUGAAGAGGAACUAUGCACUGAUUCCGUAUUUGGAGGAAGCUUCCAUUCAUUCUCAAAUCUGGAAAGGCAGAAAGGCAUUUGGAUGAUGGAGAAACUGUGUAAAUGUGGGGACUGUGGGAAGGGGUUCAGUUAUCCGUCCCAGUUGGAAACCCAUCAGCGAACGCACACCAAGGAAAGGCCGUUCAUGUGCUCUGCUUGUGGUAAGGGCUUCACUCAGUCGACCCACUUGGAGACACACGUCCUCGCCCACACUGGGGAGAGACCAUUCACUUGCUCCGUGUGCGGGAAACAGUUCACUCGCUCGUCCAACCUGUUGAGGCACCAGCGGGUUCACACCGGGGAAAGGCCGUUCAUCUGCUCCUUGUGUGGGAAGAGAUUUACUCAAAUGUCCAGUCUCCAGAAACACCAGCUCGUUCACUCUGAGGAGAGAACUUUUACUUGCCCUAACUGCGAGAAAAGCUUUAAAAGCUCCGAGGUUCUGCUGAGGCACCAGCGUAUCCAUACAGGGGAGAGGCCGUUCAUCUGUAACGUGUGCGGGAAGGGAUUCACUCAGUCAACCCACCUUCAGAUACAUGGGCGAGUUCACACUGGAGAGAGGCCGUUCAGGUGCUCGAUUUGUGGAAAGGGAUUCACUUGUUCAUCCAACCUCCUGACGCACCAGAGAGCUCACACCGGGGAGAGGCCUUUCAGCUGCUCUGUGUGCGGGAAUGGAUUCACACAGCUCUCCCACCUGCAUUCGCAUCACCAGCGAGUUCACACUGGCGAGAGAACAUUUCAUUGCUCCAAGUGCCAGGACAGUUUCAAAAACUCGGGAGACCUGAUGAGUCACCAGCUUGUUCAUUCGGGGGAGAAGCUGUUCACCUGUUCUGUCUGUGGGAAGAGAUUCAGUCACUCGUCCAACCUGCUGAGGCACCAGCGGAUUCAUCCUGGGAAGAUACCUCUGUCCUGCUCAGUGUGUGGGAAGGGAUUCACUCAUUUGUCACGUUUGCUGUCACACCAGCAGUUUCACAAGUGAUUGUAUGGUGUCGAUUUUGCUGUUGAUCAUAUCUCAAGCCGAUCAUUCCAUCAUUGUGAGUUUGAUUCUGUUAAUAAUGUCAGCACACCCCAUCCUCAGAUUACAAACACCUGACUUAAGGACACUUCUACAUAUAAACGAGAUCCUAUAAUGUUAUUAACUUCAAAAGUAUGAUAUAUGUUCACUGCUACGAAUGGCAGAGUUACUUCUCUCAGCCCGUCCGUCUCUACUCUUAGUAAUGUUCUUUAUAAUCAGUGUGAUGUCCUUUUGAUGCCGUGCAUUACAAUAAUGUGGAGGCACAACAAUCAUAUUGAGCGAUUUUUGUGUAUUAACCAACUUGUGGACAAAAUCAGUUUCUGGACAGAGCAUUGAAUUCUUUAAUUUUAGGUGACGACAUAAUCCUCUCCCUUCUUCCCCCAUAAAAUACCCCUCCCUUGUAUAUGUCCCACCUCAACUCGCACAUAUUUCUCCCCUCCCCCUCCCUUUCACCUACGUUCCUUGCUCCAGCUUCACGAUUCUCUUCAAUCUCUUUAUCUCGCACCUUCUAUCUUUUCAUCUCUGGUCUUUGUCCAACCAUCUGCCUUUUGAAAAACCCUCCUCACCUGUGUCAACAUAUUACCUUAUGUAAUAACAAGGAUCUGCAGAUACUGGUUUAUACCAAUGAAAGAAACAAAAUGCUGGAGUAACUCAGUGGGUCAGGCAACAUCCUUCGUUGGGUGAUGAUUCGGAUCGGGACUUUUCUUGAACCCUGACCCAAAACAUCACCUAUCCGUGAUGCUACUUGAGAGAUGCUGCCUGGUCCACUGAAAUGCUACAAUAUUUUUGUGUUAACCUAUUACCUGCCAGGCUCUGUCCUGCCCUUCUCUCUUCCAGCUUUCUUUUGUCUGAGGAAGGUUGUUGACCAGAAACAUCACCCAUUCCUUCUCUCCAGAGAUGCGGCUUGUCCCGCUGAGUUACUCCAGCUUUUUGUGUCUAUCUUCUUUUCCUCCCACCUUCCUCUACUUCAAACAAUCUGAAGAAGGGUCCUGACCUGUAAUGUCACCUGUCCAUGUUAUUCAGCGAUGCUACCCGACCCGCUGUGUUCAUAAGAUCAUAAGACAUAGGAGCAGCAUGAGGCCAUUUGGUCCAUCGAGUCUGCUCUGUCAUUCGAUCACGGCGGAUCAAUUUUCCACUCUCAACACAAUUCUCCUCCCUUCUCCCCAUGACCUUUGACACAUCUAUCUAUCUCUCUCUAUCUAUAUCUCUAUAUCUCUAUCUCUCUUCUUGUUUGUCUGUCUGUCUGUGAGAUCAAGGAACAACGCCAAAACGGUACAAAAUAGCACA